AUGUCGACAAGGCAUCCGACUUUGGCGACGCCGUUCGCCGAGCGGGCGAACCAAGCCACGCACCCGCUCACCAAUUACCUGUUCCGCUUGAUGGAGCUUAAAAGGUCCAACCUCUGUCUUAGCGCUGAUGUCCAGAGCGCCCGGCAGCUCCUCGAUCUUGCGGAGAAGGCUGGGCCAGCAAUUGUCGUGUUCAAGACACACUACGAUCUGAUUUCGGGCUGGGACUACAACCCCCAGACAGGCACGGGUGCCAAGCUGGCCGUCCUCGCAAGGAAGCACGGCUUCCUAAUCUUUGAGGACCGCAAGUUUGUCGACAUUGGCAAGACGGUGCAGAUGCAGUAUACAGCCGGCACAGCCCGCAUAAUAGAGUGGGCCCACAUCACCAACGCCAAUAUCGAUGCCGGCAAGGACAUGGUUCGCGCCCUAGCCGAGGCCGCGGCGAAGUGGAAGGAGCGCAUCAACUACGAGGUCAAGACAUCUGUCACAGUCGGCACCCCCGUCUUGGAGCACUUUGACGACGCAGAGGAGCUGUCCGAGGACGGACGCAGGCUAGAUCCCAGGGAGCAGAAUGGCGGCUUCUACCGGGACGGCCGGGACGCCGACGGAAGGAAAGGGAGCAUCGUCUCCAUCACGACGGUCACGCAGUCGUUCGAACCCGUCGACUCUCCACGCUUGUCCAAGAACAUGACAGAGGGCGACGAAGUGCUCUUCCCUGGCAUUGAGGAGCCUCCGUCUGACCGUGGGCUACUGCUCCUGGCCCAAAUGUCGUCCAGGGGCUGCCUGAUGACCAAGGAGUACACUCAGGCCUGCGUUGAGGCGGCGCGCGAGCACAAGAUCUUCGUCAUGGGGUUCGUCUCCCAGGAAAGCUUGAAUACCGAGCCCGAGGACAACUUCAUCCACAUGACGCCUGGCUGCAAGUUGCCUCCGCAGGGCGAGGGAGAAAACGGACAUGUGGAAGGUGAUGGCUUGGGACAGCAGUACAACACGCCGUCAAAACUAAUCAAUGUCUGCGGAGUCGACAUAGUAAUUGUAGGGCGGGGUAUCACCACGGCCAUGGACCCUCAAAAGGAGGCCGAACGGUACCAAAGGGAGGCCUGGAGGGCUUAUCUGAGACCUUCGUGCGAUCGGAAGCUGCCAUGCACCAACUGCCUGGGGCGAAACAAGCAGGGCGCAUGCACCUACGAGACGGGCGCGCCCACGGCGAAGGCGCACAGGUCUAACACGAACAACGGGGCGCCCAUAUCGCCCGAGGCCGAGGACCCCCAGGACAGCAUCCCAAGCAAGGUGGUCAACUUUGGGUAUUCGUAUACGGGCCCGUCGACGCUCGGGUUCCUGGCCAAGAUCGAGGGCGCGCACCCGGACGAGCCGCUGUCGACGCUCAACCCGACGUCGGGCCAGCAAGACGACCUCUUCAACACGCGCGAGCGCUACAAGAGCCUGAUCAGGCAGCUCCCCGCGCGAAGCUACAUCGAGAAGCUGGGAGACAUCUACUUUAAGGGCUUCAACUGGCACUACUAUGGCCUGGAACGCGACAUCUUCGAGAAGCAGCUCGCCGACUGGUACAAGCUGCCCUUUAGCCUGCUCACGUCGGGCGGGCCCCAGGCGCUGCCUCCCGACCUGAGGGUCUUCCCCGGCCUGGUGUUUCAGGUGCUGGCCAUGGCGCUGCUGGUCUUGACCCCCGGCGACGACCACUUGUUUGAAUCGCUCAAGUAUGCCGGCAACAUGAGCUUCGAGGACCUCGCCGUCGACUACAGCGAGUCGGGCGUGGCCAUCCUGUCGCUGCUGGGAAAGCGCCAGAUGACUCUGACCACGGUCAUGGCCGGCUUCGUGAGGGCCUCGUUCCUGAAGUACGUCGCCCAGGUCACAGAGGCGUGGCAUGCCAUCGGCGGCGCCAUCAGGGACGCGCAGGAGAUCGGCCUUCAUCGAGACAGCCUCGAUCCCCAGCCGAGAAGUGACGAUGCCGAGUCGGUACUCGAGAACCAGUGGGAAAUCCAGCGCCGGCGAAGGAUGUGGAUGAUUCUUAUUGGCUGGGAUGUUCAUACGGGCCUCAUCCUCGGCCGUCCCAUCACCAUCAGCCUCGGCAUGACGCCGCCUACGCUGCCUAUUGACGCGCCGAUCCCUAAGGACCGCUCCAAGACCCCCGUAUUGCCCCGGGGCGAGAAUGACCCGCCAACGCCCCUGACGCGGUCGUUGUGGGCGCAUGAGAUCAUACUGCCGCUGCGCGAAGUAUUGGAGCUGGAGAAGGAAGGGCCCUGUCCCAAGGACUUUUAUAGGGUAAACCGGCUGCACCAGGAGCUGCUGGACCUCGACGCCCGCACCCCAUCGUUUGACGGCCUGCCAGAGUGUCACUGGCUCCCCUUUGUCCGCACCACUUUGCCCCAGCUCAUAGCCUUCAACUUCAUGGCGCUCCACCGGCCGUAUAUCUUCACGAGGCCCAAGAGCCGGACAGAAGCCCUUCGCGCGAGUUUGAGGAUGCUGCACGCCCAAAAGGCGCACUUCAAAUCUCUGCCCCCACAGCAGCACAGAGCCCACUCUCUCUUCUUUGGCACCUUUGACGCCAUCGUCAUGAUCGCAUCCAUCUACAUUCUCUUCCCAAAGGAGCAUCCGGAUUUGGUUUUUGAAUCCAUCCAGCAGUUUGACUGGUCCGUCGAACGCUUCGAGAUCAUGUCGGUGCGCAACGGCCUGGCCAAGGCGGCUCUCGGCGUGCUGCGGGCCAUUAACCUGCGGCUGCGCAGGUCGCUCGGCAUUUCCAGCCAGCCCGGCACCUCCGCAAAGCCCACCCUCCCGUCCCCCGCUUCGACCACGCCCAGCGCGUCCGUCGGAGACCAGAACAACGGCCCUUCCCCGUAUUCGUCGUACUGGGAAACGUCCAUCCUGCCAUCCGGCGCCAACCCGGAGGCUGCCACGACAAGCUCCGCGAGCCCACAGCCCGGCAGCUCCUCCACCUUUACCAACGGCAGCAGCAUAUUCUCGCCGUCCGUGGCUGUCGGCGGCGGCGUGUAUUCGACUGGUAAUAGUAGCAACGACGGUGCCGACGGUGGGGCGGCGGUAACAGCCGCGGCGACUGCGGCGACUGCCGAUUUCGACUGGGGGACCUUACCCAGCGGUUUUGACCUAGCCAGCCUGCAGCCCAUCUACGCCACCAGCGACCUCAUCUACAAUGACCUCAUGACCAUGGGCGACGACUCGUCACCGUCGGGCGCCGCUGUGCAUUCAUCGUCCACGGCUCUGGCGGGAGCCUGGGACGGCAGCGACAUGGGGGCUGCUGCGCUGCCCUGGCAGUUUGAAGGCGACUUUGGGAACGACAGCGUCUGGAACCUCUUCAACCAGUACAAGUCGUUUUGA